CGGUAGAAGGAUGGCAUUGCUAUACGUCGUCCGACGCUGUCGCUGUGGCUACCACCACAGCCUGAGCCACUCUUUUUGGGAUAUAAAGCAAACGCCUGAUUUGCAUCCAGUAUUCGAUCUACUCUAUUCCAAUGCCUUUCUUCCAAAAUGCCAACAACACUAACGCUUCCAACAGCGUCUUCAACGAUGUCACUGGAAAUGUGACGACAAACAUCAACAACAACACAAGUGAAACGCAUGAUUCAAACAAUGUUAGCCAGACCACCAAUAAUGGCUCAUAUAACGACUCAUCCGUAACACAAAACCGACGGCGACUACUCAGACUGCAUAAGUAUAGUCAGUGAUAGCUUAUCGGUGUGCCACGAUAGUCGAUUAGG